AUGGACGCGAGCGACGGUGAAUCCGUCGCACGGGCGACCGAUGCGACGGGCGAGACGACGUCGCUCAUCAAGAGACCUCACUCCCACCCUCCCAAUAUCCUGCCUGCCUUCUUCCCGUCGUUUCAUCCUUCGUCCCUCCCUUCAGCUCUGCCGUCAUUCCUGCCUUCGUCCCUCCCCUCGUCCCUGCCUUCGCCGUCCCUGCCUACGACGUCCCCCCAAUCAUCGUCGUGCCUCCCCUCGUGCCUCCCCUCGUGCCUCCCCUCGUGCCUCCCCUCGUUCCUCUCCUCCGCAAUUCACAAGCCCGCCAUCGUCGUCAUCGCGCUCUUCCUCGCCUGCCACGUCAUCUUCUUCAUCGAGUUCCCCGUCUCCUUCCGCAUCCCCCGCACCGCUGUUAUCGAGGAAGCCCAUAACGAAGCAGCGCCGAGCGCGCUAGUAGACGACAGUAGAACAAGCAGUGCUCUUUAUGGUAGUAGCAGCGGCAGCACUACUAGUGUUCCUAUUAGCGCUACUACUUCUCGGAUUGGAGAUUCAUCUUAUGGCGACGUAUGGAUACCCGUUAUAAGCCUCCUCGGGAUUUCCGAUUCCUGCCUCCGCCUCUUUCGCGAAAGGGCCGACAACAGCUUUCCUGAUUUCGCCGGUAACAGCUCUUUCGCCGACUCAAACGCCACGAAGACAUCCGAUGCCGCUGGUAGCAGCAGCACGGCAGCCGGUCGAUCCAAGGGCGGAAGUGUGGUGGAGUUAGACGCGUGUCGAACACGCCUCCUCGAGGCCUUUCGACGGCUGGCCCUUCGCGCUCAGCAGGCGGAGCAGGGGGCGCAGGGGACGCAGGGGACGAGUGGGGAGCAGGGGAAGCAGGCGGGGGCGGAGAAGGGAGAGAACGGGGAGCAGGCGGAGAAGGGGGAGCAGGGGGGGCAGGAGGGGGAGGAGGAGAAGGUGCAAGUGACGAAGCCUAAAUCCGAGGCUAACAACACCACCGAUCCACCCACGGCGGCUAUUAGCAACACUACUGAGCCACCCACCGGGCCUAUUAAGAACAACACCGAGCCUCCGACCGAGGCUGACGUGGCAGAGCAGCAGGCAGGGUGGGUGGGGCAGGUGUGUUCGGGGGGUUGGAAACGCGGUGUGCUGGCACGCGCUGCCGGCAGCAGCUACAUCCGAGCGACUGUAGCGGCUGUAGCGGCGAAUUCAGGGACGAAUCAGAUCGUUGAAGCGGCUGUAGCGGCGAGCGUAGAGACGCCUCAAAGCGUUGGAGCGGCUGUAGCGGCGAAUUCGACGGGAAUAGAGGGCAUCGUGGCGGGUAUAGACGAAGUGUGUGGGGGAGUGAAGGAGAUGGAGAGGCGUCUGGUGGGGGGAGGGCAGGCGGACGGCUGUCACGGGGGCGAUGGGAGUGGCGCAGACGAUAAGAGCGGUGGGAGUGAUGGGAAUGGUAGGAGUGGCGGGACCGGCGGGAGCAAAGAGAAAUGCAAGCAGUGGCCUGAAAGCUGCUGGCCGGUUUUUGGUGUGCCUCUUUCCCUCUCACACGGCCCCUCUCGCCCUCGCUUCCUGGUGCUUGGCUUCUCAGGCAAACCGACCACCCACGCUCGGAUGGAUGUGGUGGAAGCUGCGCGGAUAGCGCACAUGUCCGGGCGCAUUCUGGUGCUGCCUAAGGUGAGAUGGCUGGCUGUUGACCUUUGA